AUGCCCUGUGAGGGAGGUUCCCGGUCAGCUGUCCUGGCCAUCCCGUGGUCCCUGGGGAGUGACAUCAUCAACAGUCCGAAGCUGGCCGGGGAGCUGCAGAGACUCAACCUUGGGAGCCUCCUGCCCCCCAGGCAGAUCCGGCUGCUGGAGGCCACGUUCCUGUCCAAUGAGAUGCGGCCGCGCCGCCUCCAGCCGCCCGCGCUCCAGGUCCGCCUUGAGCUCCUCCGCUGCGGGGCCGGGGACACGCCGUCAGCGGGCGCCCGGGAGGGGGCGUCGCGCGCCCCGGGCCCGGGCGGAAGCGGGUCGGCCUCCUCCCGGCGCGGCGGGGCCAAGCCCGUCUCUCCCGCGCUCGCGCCCCGCUCGCCGGGAUGCGCCCCAGCCCUGCCCGGAGCGCCCCCGCCGGCUCCGAUCCCGGCCUCUUCCUCAUCCCUGUCCGGGGCUCCCUUGGCCUCCUGGGGUGGCACCAGGUCCUCAGAAGAGGCCUCUGACAUGGAGGCCUCUGAUUCCACCUCUGAGGUGGGGGGCAACUUGUGGGAGCUUCUGGGGAGGUCGGGAACCCCUGGGACAGUCUGCUGGCCGGGUGGACCUCCCUGCCUCCAUCCAUGUCCUUCCAGGACAGCCAUGCAGCAGAAAUGGCAGACACAAGACCUCCCCGGCCACCUGCUGGGCCCCCUGAGUGAGCUCAAGAGUCACGGCUUUGACACCCUGCUCCAGAGCCUGUUCGGGGACCUGAAGCCGCUGUUUAAGAGGUUUACACAGACCCGCUGGGCCGCCCCCGCGCAGACCCUGGAGGAAAUCAUCUCCACCGUGGGCGAGAGGCUGCCUGAGUUUUCGGAACUGCAUGACUGUUUCCGGGAGGAGCUCAUGGAGGUUGUACACCUGCACCUGGUGAAGGAGUACAUCGUCCGCCUCAGCAAGCGGAGCCUGGUCCUCAAGUCCGCGGAGCAGCAGCAGCAACUGGCGGGUCACAUCCUGGCCAAUGCCGAGCUCAUCCAGUGUUUCUGCACUCAGAAUGGCUCCCCAGCGACCUGGCUGCAUCACGCCCUCCCCAAGCUUGCCGAGAUCAUUCGCCUGCAAGACCCCAGUGCCAUCAAGAUCGAGGUGGCCACUUAUGCGACCUGGUACCCUGACUUCAGCAAAGGCCACUUGAGUGCCAUCUUGGCCAUCAAGGGAAACCUAUCGAGCAGCGAGGUCAAGAGCAUCCGAAGCAUCCUGGACGUCAGCACGGGGACACAUGAGCCCUUCAAGUCCCUAUUUUCGCUUAUAAAAGUUGGUUAG